UUUACUUCCCCAACCCCACCGAAUACUCUCCCCAUCCUGUUCCUCUUCUGUUGCCCAUCAUCAUAUCUCUUUCUCUUCCCCAACCGCUAGCCGCCCCUCACCAAAGUUCUCUCCACCUUCGUCUCUUCCUCUGACUCACUACUCUCAAUUCCCACUACUGCUCUUCUUCCUCUUCCCACCAUCUUUCUUUCAGCAAUUCUGCAUCUACAAGGUUUGUUACUUUGAUGGUGGAUGGAAUGACUGAUUAUCGAGUUCACACGAAGAUGAAUCUAUGGGGAAAUCAAACCCCGACAUCGCUGACCAGUGAUGAUAAUACGUCCAUGAUGGAGGUCUUUAUGAACUCGGCGGAUCCGGGGUCUUUAUGGCCGCCUAUGAGUAUUCACCAGAGCAUUCCUUCGACAACUUCCUCAACUAUCACUGCUGCAGGUGGCGGUGGUAUGGAUUCCUCCUCCAAAUCCCUUCCCUCGUCUUCAUUCUUCAACCAGGAAACGCUCCAGCAGCGCCUGCAGACUCUGAUUGAUGGUGCUCAGGAGUACUGGACUUAUGCUAUAUUCUGGCAGUCGUCGGUGGUGGAUUGCGGCGGCCCAUCUGUAUUGGGGUGGGGCGACGGGUACUACAGAGGGGAAGAAGAUAAAGGGAAGCGGAAGAAUCCGCUUUCUUCGUCUUCCACUAAUUCACUACUCGAACAGGAGCACCGGAAAAAGGUGCUCCGGGAGCUCAAUUCGUUGAUUGCGGGUCCACAGGGCUCCUCCGACGAUGCUGUCGAUGAGGAGGUCACUGAUACUGAGUGGUUCUUCCUAAUCUCCAUGACUCAAUCUUUUGUAAACGGAAGCGGGCUUCCGGGCCAGGCUUUGUAUAAUUCAAGCCCGGUUUGGGUCGCAGGCGCAGACAGGCUGGCGAGCUCUCACUGCGAAAGGGCCCAGCAAGCUCAGGGUUUUGGGCUUCAGACUUUGGUUUGUAUCCCCUCAGCAAACGGCGUCGUUGAGCUGGGUUCCACGGAGUUGAUCUUUCAGAGCUCUGAUCUAAUGAAUAAGGUUAGGGUACUCUUCAACUUCAAUAAUAUGGACAUGGGUUCGGGCUCGGGUUCUGGCUCUUGGCCAGUUCAGCCCGAGAGCGAUCCUUCAGCACUUUGGCUUACUGAUCCAUCAUCUUCAGCUGCUGGGGUUAAAGAAAGUGUUAAUAACAAUAAUAACACCACUGGCCAAGGGAGUUCAAUUCCUUCUAGUGCGAAUAAUAAGCAGAUGUUGUUUGGAAAUGAUAAUAACCCAAGUUCUAGUACUUUGACUGAUAAUCCUGGGAAUAUCCUAAAUGCUCAUCAUAAUUCAUCCCAGCAGUCGGGAGGGUUUUAUACAAGGGAAAUGAAUUUUUCAGAAUAUGGGUUUGAGGGAAAUAGUGUUAGGAAUGCAACUUGUAAGCCGGAGUCAGGGGAAAUCUUGAACUUUGGGGGUGAAAGUACUGCAAAGAGGAGUUGUAGUGCAAAUGGGAAUUUAUUUUCAGGUCAAUCACCGUUUGGGGUUGGUGAUGAAAGUAAGAGCAAGAAAAGGUCACCUGUCUCGAGGGGAAGUAAUGAUGAAGGGAUGCUUUCAUUUACUUCAGGUGUGAUUUUGCCAUCUUCAGGUGUGGUGAAGUCUAGUGGUGGCGGUGGAGAUUCAGAUCAUUCGGACCUUGAGGCGUCAGUGGCGAAGGAAGCUGACAGUAGUAGAGUUGUUGACCCUGAGAAAAAGCCAAGGAAGCGAGGAAGGAAGCCUGCCAAUGGAAGAGAAGAGCCUCUGAAUCAUGUGGAGGCAGAGAGGCAGAGGAGGGAGAAGUUGAACCAGAGGUUUUAUGCACUUCGAGCUGUGGUUCCUAAUGUGUCAAAAAUGGACAAAGCCUCCCUUCUUGGGGAUGCUAUUUCUUAUAUUAAUGAGUUGAAAUCGAAGCUUCAUAAUAUGGAGUCUGAUAAAGAGGAAUUGAGGAACCAGAUAGACUCCUUGAAGAAGGAAUUAACCAGCAAAGAGGCUAGAAAUUUCGCACCUCCCCCGCCGGAUAAAGAUCUCAAGUUGGCAAGCCACCAAGGAAGCAAGAGUCUGGAUAUGGACAUAGAUGUGAAGAUCAUCGGUUGGGAGGCAAUGAUUCGAGUCCAGUCCAGUAAAAACAACCACCCAGCUGCUAGGAUAAUGGGGGCCCUCAAGGAUCUUGACCUGGAGUUGCUCCAUGCCAGUGUAUCAGUGGUGAAUGAUUUGAUGAUCCAGCAAAAUACAGUGAGGAUGGGAAAGAGGUUUUACACGCAAGAGCAGCUUAAAAUAGCAUUGACUUCCAGAGUUGCUGAAACUCGAUGAGGCAUGAGCAGAUUGUGCUUGACCAAAACUGGUAGGACUGAAGAGUUUCUUUGCCAAAAUCGUGUUGAGGCUCUGGGGAAUUUUAGGGGUCCCGGUAGCUAGGUCGGUACACUAUUGCCUCGUCGCUUGUGUACUAUAGGUUUUAGUAUAGUUAGAGUGAGAUUAUUUAGUUGAAAGCUGGUAGAUAAUUCAGCUUUUAUCUAAUUUUUGUCCUUGAUUAUCCAUAUGUAGCUUGUGUAAUCUGUGAAUGUAGAUGUACAGUACAAUAAUUUUAUUAAGCUCACAUAUUUGUGUUGUUAGACUGUGUUGUUGCUGGUCCAACCUGUUGUAAUAUGUCACUUGUAAUACUCUGUUCUUGAACUCCAAUUGUUUUGAGUUCAGCUGGAAUGAAGAAGAUAAUUGCCUCCA